AUGUACGUCCUCGCAUUCCUUUCAGCCUUGCCAUUGUUGGCGCGCGGGCUGUCCUCGUUCAAUGAGAGGAACAACUCCGUUUCUCACGGCAUCGACAACGACAGUCAGGUUGAGCAUGGGCAUCACGGUAGUCACGGUGGGCACCAUGGAAAGAAGGGGAAGAAGGACAAGUACGGGGGCAAGACCCUCGCGCCGUCCAAUGUGACCGUUAUCACUGGCCUGUUCAGGCAGGAUGACCCGGAUCUCGACCCCGAGGGUUACGACAUGCUCAAGGACAGCUUUGGGCUGCUCGACAAGUCUCCUGACCGCUGGAAGAAGUUCACGAGACACAUCAAGAAGCUGAACGAGGAGGCCGACGACCAGACGACGUAUAAGGUUGUCUUCAUCGCGCGACAUGGCGAGGGGUACCACAACGUCGCCGAGAGCGUGUACGGCACGCCCGCGUGGAACUGCUACUGGAGCUUGCAGUACACUGAUGGCAACAUGACCUGGGGACCGGAUCCGCUCCUUACCCCGUUGGGCGAGUCACAGGCCAAGUCCGCUAACCAAGGCUGGAAGGAGCAGGUCAAAGAUGGCGUGCCCCUCCCGCAGACGUUCUACUCCUCUCCCAUGCGCCGGAGCGCCAGUACGCUGGAGAUAACCUGGCGCGACAUCGCCCUCGACAAGGGUGUGCGCCCCGUCAUAAAAGAGAUGUGGCGUGAGACGAUCGGCUUGCAUACCUGCGACGAGCGGAGUAACAAGAGCCUGAUCGCGAAGACAUAUCCCGGAUUCGACUUCGAGCCCUCGUUCACGGAGCACGACCCGCUCUGGGACCCAGAGUUUGAGGAGACGCAAACCCAGCUUGCUGUGCGUGCGCGCCUGGCGUUGAACGAAAUCUUCGCGACCGACCCCUCCACCUUCGUGUCCAUAACGGCGCACUCGGGCGUCAUCAACGCCUUCUUCCUCGCGAUCGGACACAGGAAGUUCCAGGUACAGACGGGUGGCUUUGUCCCCGUUGUCGCCGUGUCCCACCCCACAGCAACGUUCUCAUCCAUUACCCGCGGCCAGUCUGCGACAGCGCCUGCGUGCACGGAAGACCCUACUGCGAAGGUUAUGGCGCCCGCCAGUGUGACGGUGCCGCCGACAUGGAACGCGCAGGCCACGCCAACGUCGACGAGCCAUUAG